GAAGUUUUUGUACUUUUAAAACAUUCUCACAUAUGUUCUAAGGUAUAAUGCAAAACACAGUGUUAGGGAAGAACAUUUUAGAAGUCUUCAAUGGUAUUUUCAGACUGAAUAAUUUCUCGCAAAUUAAUAUAUGGAGAAAUUAAAUAUGCAAAUUAUGCGUCUUUCGAGGAAUGGAAACUAUACUUUGAAGUUCUAAUUUUCCGAACGACAAAGGUGCGUUCUUCGUGCUCAAAACAAUGUUCAAAUCUCGGCAAAAAUGGACAAUUCUUAUACAGAAACUGACAACACACCUUCAGAAAUACCUAACGUGUUAACGGAGCAUUCAAUUCAGGAUGAAACUGGAGAAAGUGGCGAAAAUUUUCACAGUCAUUCAGGUAUGAAGUUACAGAUUCUCUCAAACUCAGAAUGUUGGGAAAUUGUUAGGAGAAUUUCCAUGUUAUCGCUUUGUCUAUCACGACUCUUUUGAGGAAAAAUGUCGAAGUUUGUACUGUAAUAACCUCUUUAUAUAAAAGCAAGUGGUUCAUUUAAAAACUAAAUGGAUAUAUAAACAUUGUUUUAAAUUGUAUUUUAUGGCGUUGUUUUUUUAACUGGUGCUACAAGGCUUUUGUGUGGUUUGUUGGGUUUCGUGUUUAUUUAAAAGAAAGACAAAUACAAGUAUCAGACAGGUACAUGAAUUGAUGCUCAAGAUGUUUAUUGGAUUUAAUACUAUGGGAGAUUUCAGACUGAAAACUAUCAAAACUAUCGUCUGGUGUUAUGCAUGAGUCAAUUCCAGGAGUAACCAUCCCCCCCCGGGAACACACCCGGGCAUUUGAUUUGAUUGGUUAUGAUAGUGUAAAUGCCCGGGUGCCGGGACACAACUUGAAGACUAAUGCACGGCCCCUGGGCAAGCUGAGAGUGGAAAAUGCCCCACCCUGGGGACAAUUUUACAGUCAAUUUCAUGAAACUUUGACCACAAAUGUUCAGAACUUUGUUUAGAAGUUCGCAAGUUCGUUGCGAAGUUCGGAAGCUCAUAUUGGAAUUCACAAGCCAAUUUGUAAACGGAGUCCCUGAUUGGUCUGUGAAGUAAAAGAAGCCAAUCAAAUGCGUAGUUUAUGAACUGGUUUGUGAAUCUCAUGAACUUUUGAACUUCGCAACGAAGUUCGGAAAGUUUGUGGUCAAAAUUUUGUGAAAUUGACUGUAAACGUUAAUUAAACUUUUAAUGACAUAUAAUCAUAGUCAUUUAAUAACAUUAUAGUAUUAAACUGCUAUGGAAUAUUAUAAAACAUAAACCUUUAAUAGUUGUAUUUAAAUUUGCAUGGCACAGGGUAUAAUUUUCGCUUAUUCUUACAAUAAAUUUCACACCACCUUGACCACGAGGGCGCAAAAUACGAUCAGCGCGCCCACAUUCGUGUCUGAAACUAGGUUUUGCUGCCUUAAAAUUUGUGGGUGGGAUUUUGGUGAACCAUUUGUCAAAUCCCGGGGUCCUCCAAUACCCGGCCCCCGUGCACAUAUAUGAAAGGCAAAUUCCCGACCCCUGUGAACUGUCUAUGGGGCAAAUUCCCGGGGGGGGAUGGUUACUCCAGGAAUUGACUCAUGCAUUAGUCAGAGUAAAACAGAGGCGUAGCCAGGGCUGGGGCCGGGGGGCUUGGCCCCCCCUGGCAAAAUUUGGGGGCCCCCUAGCAAAAUUUGGGGGGGGGGCUGAUAAAAUGUAUUGUAUAAAAAAGGAAAUCCUUGAUUAUAUAGCUUCAUGCUGUCAAUAAUGCAAUAUAUGCUUUGAUGGGCAUCGGUAUGAAACCUAAAAUCACUUGUUCGCUUAUUUGCGGCACACAGCUUGAAACACAUACCUUUUAUAACCCUACUAAAUUAUUUCAAUAUGUAUUAAAUGAGGGUUAGAUGAAGUUUAAACCAAUCUGGUUUUUUUUACAAGCGAAUUUUUAAUGCGGGCUCAGCAGUGCGCCGUGGCCGGGGGGGGAGGGAGACCCGUCGGAAAAUUAAGACCCGUCAGAAAAUUGUCAAUAUAGAGUUUGAGCAAGACAACAAAGUACGAAAACGAAGGCGUACUUGCCAAUUUUUGCCGGCGAUCUGCACAUUAUCUUGGGCAUACUGAGUUGGAUGGCACUGGUGGUUGCUCAACGUGUCUUCCCAUGUGUCGCUGUUUAUGCAUACUGACCCUAAUUCUUGCCCUGACCCAGAAAAAAACAGCGAGACAUGAAACUACAUCCUGUCUUUGUCCUUCUGCCUUCGUUCGGAACGAAGUUCACCGCGAAUUUUGCCAAAAUUUUUGCGAAUUUUUCGUUGUGAACGAAGGCAGAAGAACGAAGACGAGAUAUGGAUUUUGUCUUGAUCAGGGUAAGGAUUUGGGUCAGCAUUCAUAAACAGCUAGACAUAAAUCUCUAAUCUGUUUUCACGCCUGACCCUAAACUCGGAAUGUGUAAGAUAAUGUGCAAGACAGGCAAAAAUUGUCAACCACGGUCCACGUCGUCGUCGUCCGACUUCGUUCUCUUGCUCAAACUCUCUAAUGUUAGUCGGAAUCUUCAUGGUGAAGCAUCGGAAAAAGUGAUACGGAAAUCGGGAAAAGUGCUAAGAAAGCAAUUUUUAGCAAUUUUCCAGAAAAAAUUUUUACUGAAAAAGUUGUCGACGGGGGGAGGGGAAGAUUUAAAAUGUUCUGUGGUCUGCAAGAUUUUUUCUUGCGCGAACUUUGAGUCUCGAGUCACUGGCGGCUUGGCCCCACCUGGGUUUUUCCCGGCCCCCUCUGACCGAAAAUCCUGGCUACGCCUCUGGAGUAAAAUAAUAAAGUAGGGCGCAUCUGGGUGCAAAAACAUUGAAGUUUCUCGGUAAAAACACUGUACUUUGUCAUGAUAAUAGACAAUGUUUUACAGCCAAUUGCAGUUGAGCUUGCAGCUUACAUUUUAAACACGUUGUGACAUCGUUGAAAAGUAUGCAUAAUUCAUUCCUCGGAAACACGCUUGCCAAAAGUUCACAUUACACCCCUAGUAGCAACGGCGUGUUUCCAAGGAAUGAACACAUACUUUUCAACGAUGCAACAACAUGUUAAAAUGCAAGAUCAACUGCAAUUGCCUGUUUCUGCGACGGUAUUGUUCAUGAUAUAUUUACUGCUAUAGUGGUAGUUUUAGCUAUAGGUUGCUCGAUCUGGGUCCUCCAUUAUCCCUGCCUUACCAAAUACUAGUUCUGUUACCCUUGUUGUCAAAUGUACUACACCCUGAGUAAUUGACAUUAAUUAAAAUUAAGUAAUAUGAUUUUUUCUGUGUUGGUGUUGUGUACUCAGGUGAAUAUGAUGUUUGUGGUGUUACUCUGAGUGUCCACACCGGGCGAGCUUGAAAAAUAUGCCCGACCACGGUGGGAAUCGAACCUACGACCUUUGGAAUACUAGCCCAAUGCUCUGCCAACUGAGCUACGCAGUCAGGACGGUUCGAGUAAGUUAUAUUUCGGAACAGAAUCUAGUUCCUUCGAUACCAGUGUAAUCUUGUAAUAUGAUUUUUUCUGCGUUGGUGUUGUGUAUACUCAGGUGAAUAUGAUGUUUGUGGUGUUACUCUGAGUGCAUAUCCACACCGGGCGAGCUUGAAAAAUAUGCCCGACCAGGGUGGGAAUCGAACCUACGACCUUUGGAAUAAUAGCCCAAUGCUCUGCCAACUGAGCUAUGCGGUCAGAGUAAUACCACAAACAUCAUAUUCACCUGAGUACACAACACCAACGCAGAAACAUCAUAUUACAAGAUUACACUGGUAUCGAAGGAACUAGAUUCUGUUCCGAAAUAUAACUUACUCGAACCGUCCUGACCGUGUAGCUCAGUUGGCAGAGCAUUGGGCUAGUAUUCCAAAGGUCGUAGGUUCGAUUCCCACCGUGGUCGGGCAUAUUUUUCAAGCUCGCCCGGUGUGGAUAUGCACUCAGAGUAACACCACAAACAUAAAAUUAAGUAGUUAUUUUGUUAUUACAUCAAAGGUCAUGACUCAUCAGAUCCUGAAUCCCAACCUGACAUCAACAGUACAGCCCAAAACUCACUCGAUGUCCUCAGCAAAUUAGCAUGCAAAAAUAUCUCUGAAUUGCCUGAACUAAACUCAGAUCCUGUAGAAGGCAUUAAUGAAGGAGAAAUUGAAAACGAGACACAUCGCCGGGUGUGUGACUUCGCUGAUGAUGAUGGUAGUGACAAGAUGAGUAGCGAAGCCAUCGCAGCGGAAUUCUUUGAAGAAUAUGUUUGCAAUGAAGAUGAACAGAGCACAGAACCUAGCCAAGGUAGUUAACCUAUAUAUAUCCUCCGUGUUGUUAAACUUUAACUCCAAUGAACAACAGUGUACUUAUCAAGGGAAAAGUACCAUUGGUCUAAUGUUACAGUUUAUUGACCGAUAAUCCAUUUUUGCCUAUCGGUAGACAAUAAGAAUUGGUAGAAUUAUCUAUAUUUCCAAAUAAUAGUAAUAUAAUAAAUGUAAUAGCUAGGGCAUUAAAUGCUUAACCCUUAAGUUGCAUUGAAUCCUAAUGCACCCUACUACUCUGUUAUUUUACUCUAUCUAUACAAGGCCAUUUUAUGCCGUCUAAUGCCAGAUGAUUUUACUCAUCACUUGCGAGAGUGCUUGUCUUUGGGGUACACUAGAGUGUAAUGUAGUUCAAUGGGUCCUUAUGUAUCCCUCUUUAUUAUUUUAUUCUGUCAAUUGCCAAACCAUUUUUUCACCAAGCAGAAAUUGUUAAUGGGUUAAAGCUUUUAAAUUUCAGGACCAAGUGACCAGCAUUCAGUUAGAAAAAGUGGUAGAAGCCGUCGACCACGGCAAAUUUCACCAGCAGCUAGUGAAAGAUCACAUGUCACAAAAAGGCCUCGUACAAGUGCACUUCCAAAAACAAUUCGAGCAAAGAAGAAAGUGGAUGAUCCAUUCAAAUGUGAUUUAUGUGGAUCUCAGCAUAUAACCGACCCAUCACGGCGUGGAAACCGACCAAAGACGUCUGCCCAUGCGCCAAGUCCUAGACAUAAAUUAGAUCCCGAGUCUGGAAGGAUGCUAACACUUUGUAAUGCCUGUGGUAUGUGAAAAACAUUUUAAUCGUAUUUUGGUCUGAUUUAAAGGGAAUCUUUUUUUUCCAAAAUUCAAAUUUUUACUCAAACUACUCCACAUGUUUGCUAAAUAGUUGAAAACAUUUCUUUUUAUCAAAAUAAUGAUUUUGAACUGGCAAAAGCUGCAUGGCUGACCACAGGCUGAUCUUUUGUAAAAUUGUGUAUUUUGUAUUAAUUAAGGUUUGUCGUUUAAUCGGCCAAAAGCACCUCGUCACAGAGCAGUGUGUGACCAGGAAGCUAAGAGAUCUUACUUGGAAGAGGCUCGUCAGUUUGCUGCUUCACUGGCCGAGGGCUUGGAGGAACCGGAUGGUAAUUGUCUCUUUAUUUGUGUUGAGUAAAAAGUGCUGUUUGUUGUUGUUGUUGUUGUUGUGAUUGUUGUUUCUAUGUUGUCACUUUUCUUAUUGUUUAACCCAUUGAGCCACAAUGUGCCCCACUGUGCACCCUACUUACUUUUUUACUUGAUUAAUGUCUAACGCCAGACUUUUUACUUGUCUAACACCAGACGAUUUUACUCGACAAUGGAGAAGCUCUGUAGCUUAGUGAGUUAACCAAAAAAUCUGGCAAUGUGUCUAGUUAACCCAUUAUGGGCCGCAAUGUGCCCCAGUGCGCCCUACUUGUUUGUUUUUUUACUUGUCUAUAUAAAUGCCAGACGAUUUUACUCGUCAAUGGGGAAGCUCUGCAACUUAAUGGGUUAAUUAUUAUACUUUUUUGUUGUUGUUGAACAUUGUUGAUUGUGCUGUACCUGUAGUCAUGAUCGUUUUUGUGAUUGUUGAUGAUAAAAAUGUUGUUUUUAUUUUUGUUGUUUUUAUUGCAAUUGUAAUGUAAUUAAUUUUGCCAUUGCAGCUUCGAGAUUGUAUUGCCCUCAAUACAAGACCAGUGCAUGUGCCUGCUUACAGAAAUACAUUAUAGCCGAGGGUGAGUAGUCAUUGGAGUGUUUGUUAACCAGUAUUUAGUGCAUGGCUAAAGGAAUUAUACCAAAUGGUUUUCUGUGCAGGAUAAUAUCAUGUAUCCUUGAUGAAACAAAACAACUACUUUAAUUAUAAUUAAAGAAUCUUUCACAUUAAAUCUUUUUAGGAAACAUAGAUGAAUCUCGUCAAAGAGCACAGCAGCUGCUCAGCCUACUCAAACAAUCCCAAAUUCUUUCCAAAAAGAAAUGUUAUAAUGGUGAUGAGACUGAGAACUUGUCAGUUGAGAGAAAAGGGAAAAG